AUAAAAUAAAAUCACCGCACCAAGGGAAAAUUUUAAACCCACUUCGAGGGUUUAAGAGCUUAACUCAAGCCCACGGAGAUCUUCAUUCCCUUGCCCGUCUUUGCAAAUCCUCUCUCCUGGUCUUCCGUGUCGUGGCUAAUGAUGGAGACGGUGAGACUCCGUUUAGAGUUCGAUCACAUUCUAAGCAAAUCGCACAAGACAGAGGGCCUCCAACGUUGCUGGAUUCUCCUAAAACCCCAACACCAAAUCAUCUCCGAUCUUUCCUCUUAUCUACUGCAUGCCUUCGAUCUCCAAAGCUACUGCCCUCGCGGUCUUAUUCUUUCUAUGGAAGGGUUUGCUUUACCACCUUUCGAAUCAACUUCUAUUUUGAAAGAUAAGGAUAUUAUCCGAGUGGAAAAGAAUGGCGGGUUAUCUUCUGAACUUGUAAUGUUAGGUGAUGAGGGAAAUUCCUUGGAGGUGGUAGAGAUUGUGGAAACGCAGCCUGUAGCUGCAGGCAUGAAUCUUCUGGCAAAUGAGGAAUUUGAGAAGGAAUCGGGAGGCUACCAAAGUGAAGAGGAAGAGGACGCACCAGAACAGGCGAAGGACGCAGUGCAGGUGGAAGAUUCUCGGGAAGUGAAAAAAGUGUCCAAAAAGAGAAAGGCAUCAAAAGAGCUCAAGAUUUCGAAGAGGAAGAAAACCAAAUCGGCUAGUGCUGAGAAACGUAUAGUUGUUGCAGAGGAUAUUGGAAAUAAUGUUUCUGAGGAUCAGAGUGGAACUUUGAGCUCUGCUAAGGUUGAUGAAAGAAGUGAGAGUAGUAAAGCUUCACCCAACAGAAAGAGGCUCACUCAGCCUCAAGAAAAUGGCAAAAUGACUGCGGACGCAACCCUGACUCCUAGUGGCACUAUGAAGUUGCCUAGUAGAAGUGCUCGACGUAAAAAGGCCAAGAGGAAAUGGUUGAGGGAAAAACUGAAAGCUGAAAGGAAAGAGCAAUAUCAUAGGAAACUACUCAAUGGAAGUGAUCAGUCAUCUAAAAAGGCUAACCAGAUAGUUUCUCAAGACUCAGAUGAAGUAUCUGAAAGUGAUGGUGAAGAACUUCAGAAAGACAGCCAACAGCUUGAUCAAGAUAGUGAUGCAGAAGAUGAUGUUGUUCCUGUAGUAAUAAGGCCAGGACAUAUCCGCUUUGAGCCCCUCAGUAAAGUGGGUGCUGAUGAGGCUGUGCAGAAAAAUCAAAUUCCUUUGGAGAACUUUAGGUGGAAUGGAAUAACAAGCAAGAAGAAGGGUCAAAAAUGGGGUAAAGAAAAAGUUACAUCUUACAAAAUGAAUGAUUACAAAAAUGUCAAUCAAGGGUGUUCCAGGACUCGAAAUUAUGAAGCAAGGCCUGUAUUUAAUCAUAUCAACUUUGAGAAGCUUGAAUUCUACGCUAGCUUGCCUAAGGAAGGUGAUGUGAUUGCUUAUCGUUUGAUUGAAUUAUCAUCAUCCUGGACCCCUGAACUGUCGUCCUAUCGAGUUGGGAAGAUAUCACGAUAUGACAUUGAGUCCAAUAGGGUUCGGCUGGUGCCAGUUCCAAAAUAUCCAAUUAUUCCUGAGAAGAAAAUGGGCGAUGAUGCAUCUGCUGAACUAUCAGAAAUGUCCUCUUAUGCAAAAGAUGGCUCAUUAUGGGAUGAGAAUUUCCUUGCUGGUCUUGGUUUUUUCUUGACCAAGAAACUGACAAGGACAGCUCUUUUCCAGAUAGAGUUCUCAUCACUUGUGGAAGUGCGUCUUGUCACCCGAGGCAACUUUAAUUCAGAGAAAUCAACGGCUGGAGUUAGUGACGUCGGUGGCAGAGAUGAAGGAACUGAAACAGGCUUCAAAUGCAACAAUGGCAAUGAAGCUUGUGCUUCUGUCCAAGAAAAUGGAGAAGUAAAUGUAUGGGAAGAAAUUAACCAAGCUUUAAAAGCAAAGAAGGAAGAGCUAUCACAAGAGGAUAACUGGAACAAGACCCAGAGUUCAGGCAGGAGACCGUGGUCCUAUAAGGCCUUGAGAGGCAGUGCACUGGGUCCAACAAUGGCUUUAUUAAGAUCUCAAAAUGAACUAUGAGCCCUUUGUUUAGGAAAAUUACCGUUGACCUUUCACUUGUUUGUGAGCCGUUCAAGGUCCCAAUUUUUGCCUUCUGCUUUUCGCAUGUUUACAGUGCUAAAGAAGUGGGAACUAUUGAGGGCUUGGCUUUUGUAUAGUGCUGUCGAAGUCUGAACCCUUUGUAAAUCUCUGACUUCUGUUUAUUAUCAUUUCUUUUGACCAA